GACGCAGCAAUGACCAAGUUCUGACUGAGCAGGGUGCUAAGGCCUAUAUAAUUAGAGUGCAGACGAGCCAUUGCUCGUCCAAUUCCUUAAGGUGGCCCCUUUAUUGCAAAGCGCCCUAUUUGUUGCGAAAAUUGCAACAUCGCAAUCCUUAGUGCGCGCACAGGCAUCGCAGCGGCUCUUUCAGUAUCUGAUCUUCUCUUGUUCCCACACCCCAGAUAUCAAGAUCAUUCUCGAAUACUAGCACUAAGAUGGCACCACUCAAUAAACUGCAGGAGAAAUACGACUACAUCUGCAUCGGUGGUGGAAGCGGAGGAGUCGCAUCAUCGCGUCGCGCUGCAUCUUAUGGCAAGAAAGUUGCUCUCAUCGAAUCGUCACCGCAUCUGGGUGGUACUUGUGUGAAUGUUGGCUGCGUUCCCAAAAAAAUCAUGUGGCAUGCGGCAGACCUUGCAGACCGUCUGCGCCAUGCAAGCAAAGGGUACCAUUUCGAAAAUGUCCCUCCGCCCCAGUUCAACUGGGCAUCCUUCAAACCGCAGCGUGAUGCCUACAUUCGCCGGUUGAAUGGCAUAUAUGAGAAGAACCUCGAGAAAGAAAAGGUGGACUACUAUGGCGGUGCUGCCCGUCUAGUCUCGCCCAACGAGGUUCAGAUCACGCCGUCCGACGGUAGCGAGCCAUACGUCAUAGCAGGUGACUACAUCACCGUUGCCACUGGAGGUCGCCCUACCAUACCAAGUGACGACCAGAUCCCUGGCGCGAGUCUUGGAAUCGAUUCGGAUGGCUUCUUUGACCUUGAGGACCAACCUAAGCGCGUGGCUGUCGUCGGCGCAGGAUACAUCGCCGUUGAGCUCGCCGGUGUACUUCAUACACUAGGAAGUGAGACACAUGUUCUCAUCAGGCGUGAACACGUUCUCCGCACCUUUGAUCCCAUCCUCCAGGAUACACUUACACCUUGGAUGGAGCACACUGGAAUCAAGAUCCACAAAAAUACAUCGGUCAUCAAAGUUGAAGGCCAGAAGGGUGGUGAAUUGACUGUGCACCUCAACGAUGGCACACAACUCAAGGUGGACUGCGUGCUGUGGGCUAUAGGACGGCACGCAAACACUGAGGGUGUGGGUCUCGAAGAGCUGGGGAUCCAGCUCGACAAGAAGGGCGAUGUAGUUGUGGAUGAAUUCCAGAAGGCCCUGUUUGUAGAGGGCAAGCCUCAGCUGCAGAAUAUAUUUGCGAUAGGUGAUGUCCAGGGCAAGGCGCUCUUGACGCCUGUCGCUAUUGCAGCAGGUCGGCGACUAUCAAACAGGCUGUUUGGGCCUGAGAAAUUCAAGAACGACAAAUUGUUGUAUGAGGAUAUCCCAACGGUCGUUUUCUCUCACCCCACCAUUGGCACAGUAGGCCUAACGGAGCCCGAAGCUCGCCAGAAGUAUGGGUCUGCUGUUAAGAUCUACAAAUCCUCGUUCCGCUCACUUUACUUCUCUCAAAUUGAGGAAGAGCACAAGGAGCCUACCGUGUACAAGCUUAUUGUUGUUGGCGAAGAAGAACGUGUAGUUGGUGUACAUAUUAUUGGACAAGGAAGCGACGAGGUAUUGCAAGGCUUUGCAGUGGCCGUCAAGAUGGGAGCCCGGAAACAGGACCUAGAUGACACGGUUGCUAUCCAUCCAACAUCUGCUGAAGAACUGGUCACCCUUCGUUAAGCCAGCCACGCUGGUGGGGUCCGGCCAUCAUAUAGCAUAAAGUCAUGUGUACUUUUAGAAUACAAAUUUCAGGAGCUGAAGCCGAA